UUUAUCACACUUGUUUCCUCUUUAUGUGAUGUCACAGUCACUUGUUUCAGAGAACUUAUAUCAGGUUUAAGGCACUCUCAGUGAAACCUGUAAUAACUUAGAGAUAAGAAAGCAAACGGAUCGAUCAGUUUAAGGAUGGUAGACUUCUGGUGCCAAAAGUGGAAGCUGCCACUAUUGUUGUGUCUCACAGGACUGCUGCAGUGGGAUCUGUGCAGUGGUCAGAUUCAGGUCCAGAUCCAGAAAGGUCCUCUGUAUAGAGUGAAAGGAUACCCCAUCUCCAUAUUCUGUAACACAACAGGGUUUACAGGCCCAUCUGAGAGGGAUUUUGAGUUCAUUCUCAAGAAACAAAAUAUGGAGUUAAAUAUGAUCAGUACCAGUGACCCAAACUUUGCCUACGGAUUGUUCUCCGGUAGAAUAAGAAAAAAAGAGAUUUAUGUUGAAAGGCUGUCAGGAUCUUCAGUUGUCUUGUGGAUCAAAGAUUUGCAGGAGAGUGAUGCAGGCGAUCUGCUCUGUGCGACCCUACACACAGGUGGUGGAUAUUUAGGAGAUUAUGAUGAUGAAGCAAAGCUUAAUGUGAUAGCAGACACCCUGGAGGCAUCGUACUCGGGCUCUCCCUCACAGAGCUUGUCUGAAGGGGAUCCUCUUCAGCUUGAGUGCCAGGUCUCCAGCCAGACUUUUCAACACACUCAUCUGUCGGUCACCUGGUUCCUUCAUGGUGAAGAGGAUGAAAACCCCCGGCCAAUCAUUACUCUGGACAAAGAUCUGACUGUAAAGCCAGGAGCUGGAUUUGAGGAUCGCUAUCGUGCUGGUCUUAUCAGCAUGGAUAAGGUGGAGGACACAACCUACAGACUGAAGAUGCCUCAAGUGGCGCAGUCUGACCAGGGGAAGUUCUUCUGCAAAGCCAUUGAGUGGAUCCAAGACCCAGACCGUUCCUGGACACAGAUUGCCCACAAAACCACCACGCCAUGCGAUGUAGAGAUUAAACGAAUCGAAGUGGCCCCUGAAGCUGGUUCCUUCAGUGUUAAUCUGAAGGCUUCAAAGGGGCCACUACAGGAGGGAGACGCACUGGACAUCCGCUGCAGUGUGAAUGCACAGAACCUUCCUGGUCAUUUCUUCUCGGUGACUUGGCUGAAGGACCAGCAGAGAGUGGCCCAGAUCGGAUCCUCUGGGGUGCUCACCGUUUUCGACAGUUACAAAGACAGAGAGAAUGCAGCAGAGAUGAGAGCAGUGAAAACCAGUCACAUGGACUACCUGCUGACCGUCCGUUCGGCUCGGACUGAGGACCACGGCCAAUACCAGUGUGAAGUGUGGCAGGAAAACAUGAAUGAAGAUGGCACCUUCAAAAAAAUACAAAAACAAAUGUCCAGUCCAGAGACUGUGAGCAUCACGGCUAAAGAGAGUAAUCUGGCGGUGGUCAUGCUGAUGAAGGAUGCGGUGACUGAGGGAGAUGCACUACACGUCUCCUGCUCAGUGUCAGGAUUCAAGGGUCCUUUAUCAGUGUCAUGGCAACACAAGAAAGACCCGGGGGCUUCCUUCAGUGAUGUCGUUAGUCUGACCCAUGAGGGAGUGAUGAAAGAUGUUGGGGCAAGGUAUCAGAGCAGAAAUGUCCAAACAUUUCAUUCUCCAGCUGGAAACUUUACUCUACAGCUUGGUGCAUCUGCAAUAUCAGACAGUGGAGAAUAUAAGUGCAUUGUGUCUGAAUGGACAGUACAGAGCAAUGGAGAGAUGAAAGCCAUCACCCAAUCUCAGCAAAAAGCCAUUACAGUUAAAUCUAUUGAAUCUCUAAUGGUGGUGAGCUUGACAAGUCGUACAUCAAAUGUACCUAUAGAUUCUCCAGUACAACUGCUAUGUCGAGUCAGAGGGCCUAGAGUGUCUUUGGCUCUACGCUGGAUGUUUCAGCCACACAAUUCAACUGUUCAAACAAAUAUUUUAUCCAUCAGUCACACUGGAGAAAUGGAAUGGAGAGCAGAUCAGAGAAACUAUCAGCUGAACAUUCAAGCACAGCCGGAAGACACUCGUUUCACUCUCAUGGUGCCGAGAGCCAGCAAACAACAAAAAGGACAGUACCAGUGUCAAGUUGAUGCCUAUCAAAAGGAUGUACAGAAAGCUUUUAAGAACUCCAACCUGUUAGCUGUGAUUGUAAACAAACCUGACAGCAAGAUGAGCCUGUUCUCACCCACUUCUCGUCUGGAAACCACUGUCGACACUGAUGCUAAGCUUGAAUGCUCAGUCAUGAAGACAACCACAAAUACGUCUCGUUUCACAGUAACAUGGAUGUUUGGGUCCCAGGUGCUCUUAACUAUGGACUUAGAUGCUGUAGUCAAGUUUGGCCCUGCAGCCGGCCUGGAGAUGGACCAGAGGAUCCGUUUGGAAAUAAGACAGAAACAGAACUUCCAGAUGACUAUCCAGCAGGUCAGAACAUCUGACAGUGGACAAUAUCACUGUGAGGUGGAAGAGUGGCUCCAGGAUCCUCUUGGUGACUGGUAUUCCCUCAAGAAAAUGUCUGUUUCCACAGAGCUGGUUGUCAAAGAGAAAGCCAGUGAUUUAAAAAUGAAUAAAGCUGAUACUCAGUUGAAGGUUGAAGAGGGAAAGCAGGUAAAGUUGAAAUGCUCAGUGGAGGGCAUUGGGUCUGAUCCCACUCUUCGUUACUCCCUUACCUGGAUGUUUAACCAAUACCAGUCCUCCAGUUCUGCACUUCUGACAUAUAGCCAUGAUGGUCGUCUGAAGUACAAAAGCUUUGACUCAGAGCUUGAGGGACGACUUCACUUCUCCACCCCAGAAGUGGGUGUCUUUCACUUGACUAUCCAUAGAUCCAUCCAGGAAGACAGGGGGCGCUACUACUGUGAAGUUCAACAGUACCAGCUGGACUGUAAAGGUCAAUGGUCACAUAAGGCAAGCGACACGUCAGGUUUUACCAAUGUUACUGUUCAGCUUAUAGGUGAUUCUGAAAAACAGACAGACCCGUUGGGAACAGCACUGGGAGUCACCAUUCCUCUGAUUUGCUUUCUUGUAUUGGUCAUAAUAUUGUUGUUGAUAAAGGAUCACAAGAGGGAUUCUGAACUGAAGAAGAAGAAAGAGUGUCUGUGGGCUGAAAAUAACCCCCUUACUCCUCUACCUGAGAAGACUUGUGCUGCAGAGGAUUAUUCCUAGUAUUAGUGCAGUAAUAUGCAAUUACAUACCCAAAAUGUUGUUACUGAGGGAUAUCUAUUUUCAAAGUUAACUUACCCCUACAAUUAAGGAUAAUGUAUUUGCAUUGCUAUAAAUAUCCAUGUAUUAUAAGGCGAGAUAAGAAGAAUAUUUGAACCAGUGUUUCUGUUGUCUUUACAGUUUGAGUAUUUCUUGUGUUUAGAUUCAUACUCUUAACUAUUCAUUAAUCUCUCCUGAAAACAUAUUUCAUGUAUCAUAGGUUGCAUUUUACCUCACUUAGUUUUGCUCUUGUUUUUAGAGAAUGUCAUGCAACCUCUCCAUGCUAAUUUCUGCUGAGUGAAAGAAAAAAAAAAUGUGCCAGCAGUUUGUUUGUUUGCACAGUCUUUGAAGUCAACACAAAGACAUAUAAGAAACAUGUUCUCCCAUUUUUUUUUUUUUUUUUUUUGUAUUACUACUAUCAGAACAGAACUACAACUUUUGUUUUUUUGCAGUUGUAAUUGCAUAUUAUUAUAGAGUUCACAUUUGAAUUGUGCUGUAUACAUAACAUGGCUAUAAAACAAUUGAAGUUAUAGUUAUGAUGAUGCCAUAUGUUCAAUUGAAUGCAGUUCAGUUUAUGACAUUUACUUAUUAACUCUUUUUAGGUAUUCACGGGCAGUUCAAUAGCAACAGCAAUCACCGCACAUGCUGUGUAGACAUUUCCAUGGUAGACGGGAAGUCAAGAUGCUCUGAGCAGAUCUGUUUAGCAAUCACAAUGCAGUGGUUGUGGGUUUUUUUUUUUGCUCAAGACUGUUGGGCUGAUCUCACAAUGAAGUCAAAGAGGAAAAUGCUUUCUUUGCAAAAGCACGAUGCAUGACUGAAACCACUAAAAGACAUUUGGUUUUUAAAGCCAGUUUACUGUCACUUUUUUUGCCAUGGGAACCCUGGACAGAAGAAAGCCAUGUCAUGGUUUAUGAUAAAUGUGUGUAGUUUUUAAAUGUGUUUUGUGAUGGAUUUAAUUAUCUGUUUAACCCUCUUCAGUCAAAAUAUGGUACUGCAUCUAAAUAAAAGCUUGUCUGAGA